UAUCUUUUUUAAACUUAGAAUGAUGACAUCUCUGUGUACAAGGUUGCAAAGGUGUGAAGGCUAGGGAGGAAUAGUCGCCGAUUAUUGCCUUGCAUCAUCUCCAAGCUGAAAGGCUGGGUAUAUUAUCUUCUCUCGGGUGUCUGUCGGUGCUGCUCUACAGUAUUGAUGCGAGGAGAAACAUUCUAUUAGAGAAGUUUGAAGUUUCUAUAUGGGCCAUUUUCUUUCAAAAAAUGGUAAGCGUGUGAAGAAGAGAAGACGGAAAGUUAGGAAAAACUGCUUUCUUCGUGGACCUUGUAUGUUGUGCUUCAUAGUUCAUAAUACUUCUCUCGAUGAGGAUCAGUUCGAAAGUGCAUCCAAACUAGCUGAGCGAUACGCCACACUGACCACUACAGAGGAAUGUGCAAAGUUUCUUCUUUCUCCCAAGGAACUUGCUAUCUGGGAAGAACAGGGCAAGAGUUUACUUUCCAGUGUUCCAGCAAAACUGAUUGGGCCACCUCUGUUUAGAACAGUCUCGUCAGACUAUUCGGAAAUGCCAGUUUGCAAGCGUAAAUGUGCUGGAGUACAAACAUGUACACCUCGGAAACUGCCUCGUUCUGCAGUUGAAGGAGUUCCUGAUAAUGGUUUAAAUAAUGAUAUAGCACAGCGUCCAGCACCUGUAUGUACUUUGCCUACUUCUACAGCAGAAUGCACUAACGUGGGAAUUCAGGGGAACAUGGGUGACUGCUCUUCUCUGCUGCAAUGUCCUGUGUCCCCUUUGGGACCCGAAGACAAUGAACCUCUACCCCAUGAAAACUUUAAAGACUUAAAAGUGGAAUCUGAACCACCGAAUAUAAAUCAGCUUCCUUCCUCAAUACUUCUCAAGGUCUUUGCUCAUUUAACUUUGAAGGAAAGAUGUCUUUCAGCAUCCUUGGUUUGCAAGUACUGGCGUGAUCUUGGUUUAGAUUUUCAAUUUUGGAAACAGCUCGACCUCAGUGGGCGACAGCAGAUCACCGAUGAUGUACUUAAGAGAAUUGCAUCAAAGAAUCGAAACACAAUCCAAAUUAAUGUUUCCGAUUGUCGAAGUAUUUCUGAUGCAGGAGUGAGUUCCAUAGCAUCGCAGAGCGCAGGACUGCAGAAAUAUAUUGCAUAUCGAUGCAAACAGCUCAGUGACAUUUCUCUCAUUGCAAUUGCUUGCCAUUGCCCUUUUCUGCAGAAAGUACAUGUGGGAAACCAGGAUAAGCUUACAGAUGAAUCCUUACAGCAGCUGGGACAGAAAUGUCCAGAUGUCUUGGAUGUCCACUUUGGUCAAUGUUACAAGAUCACGGAUGAAGGCAUGAUAGCAUUGGCACAGGGCUGCCCGAGGCUACAGAGAAUCUACAUGCAAGAAAACAAACUGGUGACAGAUAAAUCAUUGAAAGCAUUUGCAGAACAUUGUCCUCUGCUGCAAUAUGUGGGCUUUAUGGGCUGCUCGGUUACAUCCCAAGGGGUCAUCCACCUCACUAGACUGAAGGAGCUCACCAGUUUGGACCUGCGCCACAUAACUGAGCUGAAUAACGAAACUGUAAUGGAGGUGGUGAAGAGAUGCAAAAACUUAAGCUCUCUGAAUCUGUGCCUGAACUGGAGCAUUAAUGACAGAUGUGUGGAAUUCAUAGCUAAGGAAGGACACAGCCUGAAGGAACUGUACCUGGUGUCCUGUAAGAUUACUGAUUACGCUCUGAUAGCAAUUGGACAGUAUAGUAAAACCAUUGAAACAGUGGACGUGGGCUGGUGCAAAGAAAUCACAGAUAAGGGAUCCACCCAGAUCUCACAGACCAGCAAGUCUCUUAGGUACUUGGGGCUUAUGAGGUGUGAUAAGGUGAAUGAAGACACAGUGGAACGUCUUGUUCAAGAAUACCCACAUAUCACAUUCAGCACUGUGAUGCAAGACUGCAAGCGGACACUAGAACGAGCCUAUCAGAUGGGGUGGAUUCCCAAUACAUCAACGGCAUCAUAAUGCUAUAAAGAAUCUAUUGUCAUAUCACUUUGUGGUUCUUGUAAUUCUUAAACACAGUAAUGUAAGGAGUGAGUGCAAGAGAAAUCACAAAAAGUAGGCUCUGCUGGACUGAACUUAUAAUCACAAAAGACAGUACCUUUCCACUUUAUGUUCCUGUUCUGACAAUCUUUUCCCUUUGAAGGUUGAAAUCAUGGAUUUUCAGACAUCCAUGGAAGGAUUUUAAAACAAAAUAAUUGGGGCCAGAUAUGGAUUCUAGCCCAAAGUAGUUUUAUUUUAUGAAUAAUUUGACACCAGUUGUCUUAUUUUUGAAGCAGCUGUAAUCAAAUUUACUGAAAUGUAUAUUCAGAAAGUUUAAAGUUAAAGAGAUGUCUCCUCCCCAACCGAUUUUCUGCUCAUUGCUACCUUCUAAGCUCUUAAGAGAUGUAAUGGGAUUUUUCAGGUGUGACAAUAAUCUACUAAAUUCAUCCAGUUAUACUCUUGUUCAACAAAUCCUCUCUUAGAUAUUAUCUGUUAAGAUUACAUCUCAUUUUAUUAUAAGCUUGGUUAAAAAUCUGAAUUCCAUUUUAUUAAGCUUCAUUCAUCCUUGAAAUAAUCAAUUACGACUGAUGAUAAAAACUAGCAACAGCCCUGUUAAGAUUUCACUAUAGACAGAAGAAUCAAUGGAGUGUUUUUCCCCUAGAUCCAAACUUUAACUGUGGCCAGCAUGUAUAAUAAUGACUGACAAAUUUUAUUACUGUUUGUAUGUUCUUUUUUUACAUACACAGUUGUUAAGAACUAGCUUGUGCAAGACAUACUUUUUAUAACAUGGUCAAAAUAAAAUAAAACUAACCUUUGUCAGUUAUACAAUUGUUAUAAAUAUCAUGCCUGAACACUUUUUUAAUUAUUUAGUAGAAUAAAGUGUUCUGAAAGGUAAUAGUUAAAGUUGGUGGAAUAACACUGGAUUACUCUGUUAUUUAAUAUUUGUCAUUAAAUGAACUUAGUCUGUGAAAAUGACUGUGCACAUUGUUUUGUUUCAAAUUCAGAAGCCAAGGAGUUCAGUGCUUUGGCCUUCAGUUUCUGACCAAAGUGAUCACACUUCAGAAUAUAGUAAAGGUGUACAACUCUUUCUUACUUGCACAUGAUAAUUAUGAGCUACCAGCUCCUGAAUUACUUACGUUAUCAUAAGAAAAAGGAGUAUGCAGUUUGUGACCCUAUGUAUAUUUUAAAAUAAGAUGUAAGCCAUUUUACAGGAAAACCUAAGAACUUAAAAGGGGAUCUGUGUGUUUAAAAUAUAUGCAGUUGUUCUGGAAUACAAACUGUACAGGUAGCCAGAGAAUCUGCUUUCAUGUUCCAUGGCUAUGCUAAAAUUAAGGAGAAAGCACGAAGGAGAAAGAAAAGCCAAUUUAAGUGAUAUUUGGUAAAUGCCACCUUUGAGAGCCCAUGCAGUAACUGAGCAGGUUAAGAUAACUGACAGUAACUGCAUAGUGUGAAAACUGGAGGUCUCUGUGGGUCAUAUCUCAGAUCCUAUGUAGGAACGUUAAACAAGUUUGUCAAUUUUCCAUUAGAUUGAUUUUUCUCAAGUGUAGAAGAGUUAUCUCAUUUUCUCUCUGAGACGCAACCAUUUCCCCAAUUUUGUAUACUGCUGUUUAAUUCUGCAUUAGAAUGUGUUAAAAAAAAUUGGAAUUCACAGCUGAUGGAGAUGAUUUAAUUUGGGGAAUGCACCAAAAUAAAGUGUUUUCAUUGUUCCUGUGAAAGGGGCUUUAACCCUUCAAUAACGCCUUGACUAGGUAGGAUAUACAACAACCAACAUUACACAUCUUUAGAUCAAUCACCAAAGACUGCUGAUUAAAGGGAAGCAAUACUUACUAUUCAAAGUAUUUCCCUGCACUCUUCCUAUCUGAAUAGAAAUGAUAGUUAUAAAAUUAUCUGGUACUUGCUCUAAGAUUCAUUGCUUCUAGAGAAUCUCAUCAUCGUGGAUCUCCUCAUUUCCUUACUGCACCAAUACUUUCAAUUGUAUGGAGCAACCUUUUGCAUCGUGGAGUACCUAGCCGUUUCAGUGGAGUCACGCGGGAAUAUUUAGGUUAAGUUGAGCCCAUAAAACCCUCUCUUUACAUAGAAUUAUAUAGAACGUACAGCACAGAAACAGGCCAUUCAGUCCACCUAGUGUUGAUAUUUCUACUCCACACAAGUAUCCUCAUAUUCUGUCACCAUAUCGUUCUAUUCCCUUUUGUCUCAUGUAUUAUUCUAGUUUCUUUUUGAAAGCAUCUAAACUAUUUGGUUCAACCACAUCCUGUGGUACAUCUGCAACAUUUUCUGAGAAAGGAAGUGUCUCCUUAAUUCCCUGUUAUUAGUAACUAGCUUUUAUUUAUGCCCCUGGUUUUGCAUUCUCCCACAAGUAGAAAAACACGUUCUCUACAUCUACUCUUAUCCAACCUAUUUAUUAUUUUUAAAUUCGCUUACCAGGACACCAUUAAGCAUUCUCUUUUCUAAAGAAAAAAAGCCCCAACCUGUUCAGUCUUUCCAGAUAGAUGUAAUCUCACCAUUACAGUACCAUCCAUUUUUGAUUGAGUUCACAGCAGUACUCAGCCAGCUGUGUUUUACCUUGGGGCUGGCUGUCCAACUGGCUCGGGUCAAACCGAAAUGCUGAAUCCAAUUGAAGUGAAUGGAGCACAUUGGGUGCAAAUGACUCUCUCCUGUAAAUAACCAGAGCAGCUCAAGAGAAAAGAUGACAAUAAAUGACAAAUGUCUCUAUCAGGCAGUGAAUUUGAUGGUAUUGCAAUGCAGGUGCCACAUUGUUUUUAUAGCUGUAUUAUUUUCAAAUUGAGAUGUGAAAGUCCUUUCAACAGAAGGUACCCUGCAGAUAUUUUUCCUGUCUAGAGUUUUGAAUGUUCCAUGAUUUCAUACAUUUGUCUAAUUGUGAUAAGUUAAAAUAGUUUUGGCACUGUAUCAUGAAGUUUUAUACAUAAUCUCAAAACCUUGGAUUUUAAUGAUACUAAAAAUGUCUACCCUCACAGAACAAAACAUGUGAAAAGCCCACCUUUUCAGCAUUAAAAAAUGAUUUUUUUUCAGAAAAUGUAGACUCCAAAUAAAAGCUCAGUCAUCUUGUCUGAACUCUUGUACCUGGUUUUAUUGAUAAAAAGCAUCCUCUGUUCCUUUGACUGUGUUUUGUGUUUUUUUUUCUCCUCCUCCUCCUGAUUUUUUAUAUCAUUUGGCACUGCAGGAUAAGCACAAUGGUUAUGUCUUGCACAAAUAUAUGCAAGCUGAUAACGAAGCCAGCUCUAAUCUGCAAAUUGUGCACACAAUUUCCAAGUAAUUCAACAAAACUUUUAUGUUACUUGUGUGGCAAAUUGAUGCUGACUAGAAUAAGUAUACCCAUAAUUUUCAUUCCCAUAAGUUGAUUUUAACAAAGCCUCAAGCAAGUUUUGAGAUUAGAAGGAUUUCCCAUCCAAUUAGUGGGUAUCUGGACUAGAUUCUCAAAUGAUGAAGUGUUAUUAAUACUUUUUUUUAAAAAAGAGCUGUGUAAGUAUCCGGUUAGGAAUGAGAUUGUGAGUUAUAAUAAUGAGUACUGACAGGGAUGAUUAAUGGGACAUGAUAGUCCUGUUCUGCUGAAACAAUGGAAUGUCAUGGCAACUGGACAAUCGGGUUUAUUGUCAAAUACUCUGAGGUGUCAUUUCAUUUACCUUUUGGGGGGAGACGGAAAAACUUUACAGAACUUUUGUUCAGGCGGGUUUGGUAUGAUCUUUAAUAGAGCAAGUUGUCCAUGAUUUGGGGAAGGAAUGCUUGAUGGGCUGACUGGCCUUUCUUAAUUUUUUUGAUUCUUUGAUUCUCAACAAGUAUUGAAUUUCCAAGUGAUUUGGGGCAUUUUCCUGUCCAUAGAAGAUUUUUUCCUCCAGUGUGUAAAUUUGAUUAAUUUUCCAGGGAACUGUUCAAUGAAAAUAAACUAUAAACUGUCUCUUGUAAAAUCACAGUGAUAUAAGGUGAGAAUAUAAAAUGUUGGAAAUUACUUACCUAUUUGUUACAUAAAGAUUGUCCAAUAAAUACCAUUUCAAAAAACA